CUCCGGUUAACGAGUCUCAUUGAAAUAGAGUUGUCCGCUAUAAACAUUUAUUGGUUUGGUAAAUAUGGCUAGCAUUAAUGAUACUACGUUAGAAUUUUUUACGAAAGCUACUCCGGCGCAAUGGUCUUAUAUGUUUAACAAGUAUAAAGAUGCUUUAAAAGCGAAAGCCGCAAAGCGUACGAAAAAAGGAGGCCCAGAAGAGUUAAUACGAAUGGAUUCUUGGUAUCAAGAAGAAUUCCCAAAGCUUAUUCAUUCAAGAAAAGAGCCUCAUAUUACACAUGAAGAACUUGUGCAACUUACCAAAUGGAAGCUAAUGCGAGAGAAAUUUCGUCCAAAUCUUAUUGAUUUAGUUCGGAUCAACACUGAAAAGGCAGUUAUAACGCACAGCAAAAAGGCUUUUAAGCGGCUUCCUAACCUGAGUGGAGCUAUAGCUAUGUUAACUUGUCUGAAAGGAGUUGGGCCUGCCUCAGCAUCAGCAAUUUUAGCCGCAGCUUAUCCUGAUCAAGCUCCCUUCAUGGCUGAUGAAUGCAUGUUGUCAACACCAGGAGUUGAGACCAUGGAUUAUACAGUAGCAGAGUAUCUAAAUUAUGCUAUGGAACUGAAGAAGAAAGCAGAUCAUCUUAACUCUCUAGACACCUCUCAAGGUUGGAACCCUCAUAAAAUUGAGCUAGCCCUGUGGGCUCAUUUUGUUGCUGGAUCUUUGGAUCAAUCUAUCCUUUCUGAUCUACCUCCUCCAGAGGAUCUCCCUCAAAACAACGACAAUGAUGGUCAGGAAACGAGUGAUCAGCCCAAGGCUGAAGAAAAGGCUAAGAGACCUCUUCCAGAUGAGGAUUCUGUUGACACCUUGGAUAGCUUUGUUUCAAGUAGUGGAGAAGCCUCGAAUGAUGCACCUGACUUUGCUUACUCUGAUAAAAAUAAGGGUAGCAAAGAUAAUGGACUGGAGCCUCCAGCAAAAAAGUGUCGUGUUUAACUUCUACAUUUUUUAUUCAUUUACUCAUAAGGGGAAAAAAAAUAUUUGUACAACUAUUCUUUUUUCGUGCUGUUGAACUUGUGUUUGUGGGGAGUAUGGGAGGGGGGCGUUGUCAUAAAAGGUGAAAUUUUACCAUGUGUGACUUUGGAUGUAUUUGUAAGUUGAUAAAGUGCAGCACCUUUUUUAAUAUAAUAAUGAGAAUUUUUAAAGAGUAGUAAAUUUUAGUGAAGAAUAAGUUGUAAAUUAAAGUACAUUAUGAUUGUCUAAUUACAAUAUUUUAAAAUUAAUUUUCCAUUUUAAAGUUAGGUGUUUAUUUACAUGCCUAGCAUGGUUUUUUCAGAAUAAAGCUUAUAAUAACAUAUGAUUUAAUGAAUGAUAAGAACUAAGUUUCUAAUAUGAAGCAAUGCUGCUUCAUUUCUAUUUUAAAAUGUCUUUAAAGAUGCAGGGUAAAAAAAAAUUAACUAUUUUAAAACAGUUAUCAUAAAUUUAAAUGUCUAAAUAACUCUUUUAAGGUGAUUUACAGAUUUUAAACAUUUCUACUUAUAUUUCAUCUUAUAUAUUUAGUAGAACUUCAUUUUUAGUUUUAAUCUGGCAAUUUAUUUCAUUUUGCCAACAAUAAAGCUUCUAUGGAACAUGCUUUUUUAAAUCAUAGACAGAGUAGUUUAACGUUACAUUUUUAUGGCAUUCAGAAAAUUAUAAAUUUUGAUGCAUAGAUUUGAUGAGACAGAAGAAAAGGGGGAAAAAAAUUGUCUGUGUCAUUUUAAUUUUCACUCUUUUCAUUGGAAAAUGGUUUUUCUUCUUUGUUGAUAAUAUUAUAUGUUGUUUGAUAAUUUAUCUUCAGAACAUUUUAAAAUUUUAUUGAAAGGGAAUAACAAUACGAUUAUUCCUUUAAGAAAAGAAAAAGAAACUUCUCUCCUUUACUGUAAGUUUAGUAUAUUGUUUUUAUUGGGCCCAUUUAUAAGUCAUUUAAAAUUUUAGCAUAAUAUGUAAUAAUUAACAUCAAUUCUUAAUAAUACUGGUAAUGCAGAUUGUAAUGUAAGAGAGGGUUGUACAAUGUUUUAACUUGCACAUAAUUAAAUAAAAUAGGUCUAUAAAUGACAUAGUGAAAAAAAUUUCACUUUUCUUUGAUGACAAUUUUAGGACAUCAUUGUGUGUUUGCAUUGUACUUUAUUGCCAGUAUAUGAUAUUGCGUUCGAUUUUUCAUCGACUUCUGUAUAUUUGAGAGUGUUAUUGACAUUUUAAUAUUUUCUCUGUAGGUUUGCAUAUUAAAUCUUCAGGGAAUUAAAAUUCAUUUGGGGAAUUUUAAUUUUCACAUAACAUUAUACUCAUUCAUUAUUUCUUGUUAUAUUUUGAGAUUUUAAUCUUGGAUUUCAAUUGAAAAAAAUUUAAUUCUUUCCAAUCUUUAAUUAUUAGAAAUGUAUAACCUUACAGUUGAUUCCAUAUCUAAAGUAUUUACAUUUGCACUAUAUCAAUAAACUUGAAAAGAUACAUUCUUUUUGAAAUCUAUUGUGCCAUUAUGAAAUGAUACGAAAAAUUCAAAUAUAUCUCUCUCAUGGUUGUUUUCUUUUGAAAUUUCUUGUUUACAAAUUUUUUUAGUUUUAUUAUUUAAAUGUAUUUAUUCUGCUUCUCAUUUCCAAAUCUAUUUGUAUACUUUUAUAUAAAAUAUAAAUUGUUUGGAAGAUUUUUGUUAUUAUUUUCCUACUGCUAGAUGAAACUAAAAGGUUUGUAUCAAAUUUCACUCCUGCAUGCUUCCUAAAUAUAUAAGAUCCAAUUUUUAAGGAAUUUUUGAAUGGAGAUUUAAACUCAUAUAAUUAGUAUUUUUCUUUUUUUUUCAUUUCAUGAUUAUUUCAUUAAAAUUCCUCCUUAUGUAAUGGUGGGCGGCUUCAUAAAUGUUUUUUUAUUAUUAUUAUUUCUUUAGUUGAUAUAUCCUGUUUUCAAUCAAAUUUUGGGAUUUAAAAACUAUUUUUAUCUCUUCUUUUUAUUUGUACAGGAUGUUUUCAUGCAUUUAAAAUAUUGAUCAAAUAUGUUAAUCAUCAUUUAUAAUAUUUUUUUUUCUAAUAUAUCCACUUGCCAUUUAAUGCAUUUUCAUCAUAAUAUCAUUUGAAUUUAUAUUUAAUACUAAAUUGAAUUUUUCUGUAACUAUAUGUCACAUACAAUAGAAGAUUUUCUGGUUGAGUUAUUCAAAAUGAUGUUAGUUGUUAUAUAUUCAUUUUCUCGUGUUAUUUUAAAUGUUUCUUUUAUGUGGAUUUUUUUCCUCUUAAUAUAUUUUGCAAUUGAUGCGGACUGAUUCUCAUCAAGUCCCAAAAUGAUAAUUUUUUUAAAAAUUUUAUUUAAGAAAAUAUUAUUGUCAUUUAUUUUGGGAUAAUGUAAUAGAUAAUUUGUGAAACUUUUGUGUAUUUUUGUUUGAAAAUCUCCAAAAAGAAUUUGUUAGAAAGCAGCUUUUAAUGAGCAAGUCUUGCAAUUUUCUGAUAAAUAUUUUCUUCAAAGUUUUAAAUUUAAUUUGUAAUGGAGAAUAUUUCUGCAAUUCAUUUUGCUAUUGACUAUAGAGCUGCCAAUGGAUUCACUGCCAAAUGCUAGUAUUUAUAUAAUCUAAGAAUAUUCAGACAACUUUGGCUCAAAUAUUUGCAUUGACUGGAUUUUUUACAGCUCAGCUAACAGCCAAAAAUUUUCUUGUUUAAUUGUGCUAGUCCAGUCCAGAUAAUGUUAUUUAAAGGGGGAAAAAAGCAUUGAUUUGUUAUAUAUAAUGUAUGAAAGUAGUUGUGGGCAGGCAAGAUAUUAUUUCUAUGUAUUCCUUUCUUGAUAAAUAUAACAAAUUAUGAAGAUUGUGAUUUUUAUAGAUUUUCUUUUUCACUUGAAUAUUUCUAUCAAUAAUUUAUUAUUUUUGAUCAAUUAAUCUUUUGCUAAUUUUUAAUGAUGAAUAUAGCUGUACUUCAAAAAAUUUCCCACACUUGCGUAUGCCAUUUAAAUAUAAAUUUCGGAGUUAAAAAUUAUAUUUGAAUUCCGUCAUUGAAAAAAUUAUUAGUUUACCAAAAAAGUUUUACAAUGCAGCUUUAUUAUUUUUUUUUAAUCUAUAAAUGAUCAGAUUGAUAUUUCUUUUAAAAUAACAGAAUAUAUAGGUCAGGAUUAUAUUUUAUAUUUGCAUUUUUAUUUUAAUGUUAUGUAUACUCAUUUGAUGGAAGAAGUUAUAACAAUCACCAGGCAUAUCUAGCAAGUAUUAACGGCAAUAUUUUAUAUAUUAAAACAUGCUUGCUCUGGUAUUUGCACAUUUGAGAUACUUGCAUUAAUGAGGUCCUAAGAAUGUAUUUAUUGUCUAUAAUGAGUGUUACAGUCCUUUUACUCAAACUUUGAUAGAAAUUAACAAUCUACAGUAUUACUCCACCUCAUGUUCCUAUCAUUAUUGCUUUCUUUCCAUUUAUAAGUCUAUUGGCUUUAUCAGAUUUUCUGUGUUCACAAUGUGUUAAAAUUCUUAAAUUUUUGUUUGAGAAAUUUUGUGCUCCCUUUAAUUUAUUUUCCAAUGGAAAUUCAACAAAAGAAUUGGAAGUAAAGUCAUAAACAAACAAAAAAAUUUCAAAUAACUAUGGUAUCAUCUAUCUAUAUGUAAGAAAGGGGAUGAAAAAUUUCAAUAAUUUCUAUCAACACUCAAAUAGAGGGUAUAAGAAAUGAUUUCAAAUGCCCAUAAUAGUUUAUGUAUCUUUAACACAAACUGAAUAUAUAUGGAAUAAGAUAUGGAAAUGGGAAUAUAUUUUGAAUUUCAUAUUUAAUUGGAAGAAAUAAUUAUCUUUAUCUAGAGUGAAAAUAUCACUAUUAUUAUAAAUACAGUACUGGUUAUUAAAAUUUUAAUGUUUCGUAUAAAAAUAUGACAUUUAUUAUGUCUUAGAUAAUACUUAUAUUAUAAAAGAAACCAAAUUAAAAAAAAAUACAUUUUAAUUACCAACCCAGAGAUUAAGCAGAAGUGCAAAACAGAGUAAUAUCAUUAUCAAUUUAUAUCAGAUAUUUAAAAUAAAUACUUGGUAAGGAGCAAACUUAUCUCUAAUACCAAUAUUAAAUAUCUGUGAGAUGUUUUUUUUUUUUUUUUUUUUUUUUUUUCCCUCUCUCUUCAGAGCAUUUUUAUUUAUGCAGGUUAUUUUUCAUUAAUUUAGACUUUUGCACCAUUUUGGCUACUUUUUGUUUGAUCCCUUAAAGUGUGCUGUGGAGUGAUACUGUAUGCUAAAUAAAUCGGUAAAAAUACAUUUUGUUGAAAUUUGCCAUCGCUACAUAACUGCUAAGAGUCGUUUGAUAGUGUUGAUGAAUUUCUAUUUUAGUAGUUUGUAGUUAAGAAUUGUAGCUCUAAUUGCAAAGAAAAUACAAAACAUUUUUUGGGAUUUCUUAGAGAAUCAUUCUGUAUAUUACUCAUCUUUGUUUUUAAUUUGCAAUACAUCAUUUAUUAUGUUUUAGCUGAAUAUUUUAUUUUAUUAGUUAAGUUGGUUUAUUACUAGAUUUAUUGAAAAGUGGUAGUAACUUAUUUCUUUCAUUGUUGAUAAGAUACUGCACAUCUGUAUUUCAGUGCAAAUUUUAGUUUUUGUGUUUUGUCUUCCUCGUGUUGGGUAAUAUUUAUCCUCGGUUUUUAUUUUAUUUCAUUCUGCAUAUUAUGAAAUUGCUACAAAUUUAAAAAAUCACAUUUGCUAUUAAUUUUAAAUGCAGUUUUUCAAUGAAAACUUUUAUUUCUUUUGCUGAAAUAAAGAAAUAAAAGUUUGAAAAAUUAAAAUUUAUUUCAUUUUUUUUCUUAAUUUCAAAUUUUUUAUUAUUUUACAUUAUCAGAUUACCUUAAAUUUUUUUAAGAAUAUUUUUUUUAGAUAUUGAUUUAUAAUUAUAGAAUUUAUAUGUGCACUGCUCUCAAAAUUGAUUAUUCUUUCUGUUUUUUGUGUUUGGUUAUUUAUAAUCUCUAGUCAUAUGAUUUUAUACAUAAAAUUUUGGUUUGUUUCCUAAAAAUGUGAUUUUUUAAAAAUUGCUAUGAUUUACACGGUAAACUUGCCAUCAACUAAUACUUCUUCUAUUCAUUUUUUUUCAUGUUAAGUUAAUUUUUGUAUGUGACUGUAUUAUCCAGUUUAAAUUGCUAAAUGAACUAUCCUUUAUAUACAAGAAUUCAUGAUUAUUUAUCUUUAUUGUGUAUGUGUAUGUGAAACAAAAUGAAAUCUUUUAUAACUAUUGAAAAUUGUAGUGUAUACUGGCUAUGAAGCAAAAAUUGGAAUAAAAAUUUUCUUUU